AUCUAACUUCAUAUUAUUGGAUGAAGUGAAGUGAGGUACAAGAAGUGUAAUUCAAGUAAAUAACAAUUAAUACAAAAAUAUUAUUAAGGUAGAACAUAAUGAAGUUUACACAAUUGUUACGCAAACAACAUAUAGAUAGAGCAAAAAAUUGGUUAUGGUAUCAUCAACGAGACAGAACUGUCCAAGUGUCUAAAGCAGAAGCAAUUUUAGCAUCUAUGAAUAUUCCAGUUGAGGACGCCAAUGCUUUUGCAAUUCGAUCAACUGAAAAUUUAAUUAUAAAAGAAAAAUUCGAAAAUCCAUUUCCUAUCAAAGAUGUUAAUGAGAACAGUAAAACUUACCUGAUGAUUGGAGACCUUUAUACUUUGCAAGAAGGUGUACAACAAGCAAGUUUGUUGACAAAGACAGUGCAAGUUGAAGAUAAACUACCAAAGAAAGUUACGGAUUUAAUUACUGAUGUUCCAUGUAACAUAGACACUUUGGUAGAGAGAUUUGUACGGUCAUCUGUAAUAUAUGACCCAGAGCAAGUAAAACUACCAAAAAUAAAAGACCCUGAGAGACCUAGUUGGGUAUAUCCAAGAGUAUUCGGUUUAUCUAGUACAAGAAAGGUGCACAAUUUGUUCAAAAAAUUGUUACAACUCUGUGAAUCGUUGAGUGGAUUAAGCAUUGCGCAGAAUAGAUUCAUAGUUAGCGAUGGGCUUCUAUCUACGUUCAUAGAGAAAGAAAAUAGGUUUCUAAACUUUUCGACAAAAAUGGACAUAAUGAUGACGUCUAUGAUGCCUUUAGCACCAAUAGCAGAUGUAAAUAUACAUAACGAACUCAAGAUGCCUAAUAUUUAUCCAUUACAUUCUACCGCUGGUUUGACCAAAUCUGAGAUCUACGAUAGCACGGAUUUAUAUCCAAUCAACAAGGAGUCACCAUUAAUGAAUGUUCACACCAUUUUCGUAAAUUAUGAUCCAUCGAAGGUGAAAAACUUGACUGAAUUGCCAGUUACUGAAAAUCAGAUUCAUGCACGUUCUUUGACACAGUCGUUCACUACUGCAGCGACAUAUGCUCGGCAACGAUUCGGGAAAGACGUGAAAGCAUUACCUGAACCUGUUGUCGUGCAGUGCAUUCAAUCUGAUGGUCAGAACUUCUAUUUCUCUGUAUAUCAACUUAACACUUUAGACAUCGAUGGUGAAGAGGGAAUUAGAAAUUUUUGGUGGGCAGAACCAACGAUAAAAUUGUACGAAUUUGCUGGUUAUAAAGAAGGACAACCCUAUCUUGAUGGGUACAACAGUGACGUUUUUAAAAGGCUCCUUGCGUUUUAUCGAAACAAUUGAAAUAACUGAAUUGUAAGUUUGUAUACUUUUUGUAAAUAUAAAUAAUUUCAUAGUU